AUGGAUGCUUAAUUUUAGGUUUCAUCUGAUAACUUGGAAGUAAAUUCAGCUUAAAGAAAUACCUCUUCGUCCGAAGAAUCCGAGAGUAUGUUUUAAACAAUUAAAAGAGUGAAAAGUAUUUAAGUUAUUAAUAAAAAGUUUAUCAAGGCAAAGUCAAAUAAAAAUAAUAAAAACCAAUCACUAAGAAGGUAAUAAAAAAAAGAGAUGUAAAGAAGAGUAAUCAAUAAAUAUCAGACAAAAAUAUAACAUCCAAUAAUUAGGAGAUGAUUUAAAAAUAAUAACAUAAUUCAACCAAUAAUUUCUAUUAGUGUUUUAAUGAGUUAUUUGGGAAUGAUGAUGAAAAUUCAUUAACUAAUAACAAAGAGAAAAAUCAAUUAAAUUAAAAAAUUAUAUAAGAAAAUUUUGAACACAAAAUUUAAGUUCAAAAUUAGUUUAUUCAAAUGUAAGUUGAAGAGGAUAAGGAUAAGGAUAAGGAUAAUAUUAUUUAAGAACAAAAAGAAGAAAAAAUAUAAGCUAAUGAGAUUUAAUAAAACAAGCUUCCAAAUUAUCUUAAUAAUGCAGGAUAAUUUUAAUAUCUAAGGAGGGCUUUGUCUAAAGUCAACUAACAUUAACCUAUAUUCUUCUAAAGAUUUUUAAAUUACCUUUAGAUGACAUAAGAGGAAUAUGAUAAUAUAAAAUAAUCAUUUCCAGAUAUACCUCCUGAAUACUUACCAUAAGUUAUUUUGGAAUAGAGACAAAUAACUAAAGUAUUUUAAAAAAAACAACCUUAAAAAUAAAUGCUUUAAUAUUAAUAAUAAUAAUAGAAUAAUUAAUUCUUAUGGAAUUAAUAACAGUAAUAAUAAUAAUAAUAAUAAUAAUAAUAAUAAUAAUAAUAAUAAUAAUAAUAAUAAUAAUAAUAAUAAUAAUAAAAUAAUUAUAUAAAUCAAAAUGAAAUCUAAUAAUAAGAACAAUAAUAAUUAAAUUAUAUUGAGACUGAAUUUAAGUUUAAUCCUAAUUUAUCAGAGUGUAAUUUAGAAUGUGCUAUUUGUGCUUAAACAUACUUGAAUGGAGAUAAAUUGGCAAUAUUACUUUGUAUCCAUAGAUUCCAUUUAACUUGCUUUACUAGUUGGUUGAAAAAGUCUACAUAAUGUCCUAUUUGCUAUCAUGGUUGA